AUGUUUGGUCGCAGCAGGUGCAAAAUACAAUACAUGCUGUGCCUUUUGAUGUUUAUCGUGGCACUUCGGGAAGUUCUCUGCUUGCGGUGCUACAACUGCAUGAAUGUCUGGAUGAAAGAAAAGGUCACCCACAAGGAUGGCUCAAUAUCCUGGGGCAGCACACGAGAGAGCAAUCCGGACUGCGGAAAAGGUCGCGAUCAGAAAUACGUUCAAUGUGACGAAACAUAUGGACCUUACAAGCAGUACUGCGCGACUUCCGUUCUGAUCCAAUAUCACGACCAAAUAGCCAUAUUAAAAAAAAUUCGACGAAACUGUCCGACUCGCUCUGUUCGUGAUAAGUGGAUGUACAAUCUUCAUGCACGAAACGGGUGCACUCCAUUCCGCACUCAUCAGGUCAUGGAAGGCACCCACCAACCUGCGCACAACUUGACAAUUUCCAUCAAAGAGCGUUAUUGUUUCUGCCCAAGCGACUACUGCAAUGCUGCAUCCAAAGAUCAACUAGCUGAUUAG